AUGUUGAGUAAGUAUUUUUUUCCUUCUUCUCCGCAGAGUGAGUCAGUCAAAUACUUCCUGGACAAUUUGGAUCGUAUUGGACAGCUGAACUUCAUUCCAAGCAGGCAAGAUAUUUUGUUUGCACGAAAGGCGACCAAAGGGAUUGUCGAGCACGACUUUGUCAUCAAAAAGAUUCCUUUCAAGAUGGUGGAUGUUGGGGGUCAAAGGUCGCAGAGACAGAAGUGGUUUCAGUGUUUUGAUGGGAUCACAUCGAUACUCUUCAUGGUGUCGUCAUCAGAAUAUGACCAGGUCCUGAUGGAGGACCGCAGGACAAACCGCCUGGUGGAGAGCAUGAACAUCUUCGAGACAAUCGUCAACAACAAGCUCUUCCUUAACGUGUCCAUCAUCCUCUUCCUCAACAAAACAGACCUGCUAGUGGAAAAGAUUUGUAAAGUGGAUAUUCGCAAGUACUUUCCAGAGUUCAGAGGAGACCAACGCAGGCUGGAAGACGUACAGGCAUUCCUGGUGCAGUCCUUCAGUCGCAAGAGGAGAAAUCGGGGAAAGCCACUUUUCCACCACUUCACCACUGCAGUCGAUACAGAAAAUAUUCGCUUUGUCUUCCAUGCCGUCAAGGACACCAUUCUGCAGGAAAACCUCAAAGACAUCAUGCUGCAGUGACGUUCCCGCCGCAGACGCUGGCUUCUCUUCCUGACACUGUGAAACUAGCCGUGAGUCUGGGCUUGAGGACUAGUCGGCAGCUCUGCCUCUCUGACACUGCAACCCAUGAAUGGGGAAAAAGUCAGUGGAUCCAGCCGAACUCUAAACCUGUGGAUCUAUCUGUGUCGGCCACCGUAGACAGUUUGCAUUUAACCUGUACUAAAGUGUGUCUGCUGAAAUGAGGAUGAACAAGGACGAGCGCACCAGCGACCCCACACGAGCACUGAAAGUGUUCUUUUCUCUUGUGUAUAUAAGAAUUUUGACAACCUUGUCUCUAAACUAAGUCAGACUGCUGCCUGUUGUAAAGCUGAGCGAGGGGGAGGGAGUGCAGAGACAGAAUGAGGAGGGAAGACAGAAGGUUGAGAGCAAGCUGAAGAAUGCCUUGUUUAAAGGUACACGUGACGGAGGCAGAGGGGUGAGGGUCUGGGCCCAAGCUGGUCAUAUGCUGUGUUAUGUGAUAAGGUUGCACAAGUGUUCCUGUCAAUGAACUUUAACAGAAGGAAGAGACAAGGCUCUCUUACGCUCCUCUGUGCUGUCCUUUUUUUUUUCCUCUUCUUGUGUUUGCUCUUUUUUCCCACCAUUCGUACAAGAUAUGAACAGCUGCAGAGAGCAAGUUUUAUUCUAUCUGUCUCUCCUCUCCCGUUCUUUCCUCCUCUCUCCAGUACAAUAGAUGGACUGUUCCCUUCCCUUCCAGCAGAAAGAGCAGACAGUCAAAUUAGAGACUCAUCUUUGUAGAAAAGUAAUACACACAGAUGCCACUAUUAUGCAUCGCGUAUGAUUCAUCUCUGUCCCCAUGUCUUUCCUUUCUUUUCCUUCCUUUUCCACUGUCCACUCUUUACUAAAAACGUCAAAAUAAACCAGGCUUAAGCCGAGGCAUAUUCAAAGUAUUUACUAGAUGUUUGUGAUUUAUGAUUACACUGCCUGUAUCCAUGCUUGUUGUAAACACGAAGGGAACAAGUGAAGAUAUCGAGAUUGAACUGUAAAUGACCUUAUCCUUGGGUUUCUUGCAGAAAAACUUAAAAAGACGCAAUAAUCUCACUAAAUUUCGGUAACAUUUUCUUCUUCUGACAUAUAUUUCUCCACUCUUUUCCCAACGUUUACCUAAACAGAACUGUGUAAUUUGAAGCUAAAAGAAAAUUUUCCACAGCCCAUGCCUAUGCAGUUCAAUGUUGCCGGGCAACAGGGGCUCAUCCCGCGAGCAGCCAAAGGUCAGCUGAAGAUGCGGUUGCAGAAGUCACACAGCACUAGAUAUUGCACUUCCACUGGUCCUCAGGAACCCUGUUGCGAAGGUGGAGUUAAAUUAGAUGAGCAGUAGGGGAAAUCAAAGCACACACACAGAUUCCCUCAUGUCUUAGUUAAAUCCUUAUCUCAAGACAAUUAGGCUAACUCGUCACACUCAGCUUUAAUUUCUUUUAGCUGCCUCCAGCUGCUGGGGUUCCUUUGUGAAUUCAUUUACUCUGAAGUCAGUGUUUGCGACAUUGCCAAUCAGUGUGUUUUGCAUAAGUGACAGAGAGUAUGAGCUGUAUCUAUAGGGGGGUUCUCAUGCCGGUCCUCACAGUUUCGUAAAAGUUUUGACCAUAACACAAGUCAUUUUUUUGUGUUUUAAACAAAGUUUGUUCACUUCACUCUCACAACUCGCUAGUGUGAGCGCUGCAAAGCUGCCAUUGAGCUGCUGGCCCCUCAGAAAAUCACUUUGUUUUCCAAGAAAUGUGGUCACAUCAACUUAGAACCAAAAAUUGCCCCUCUUGUGGGAUAACUGAGCAGCUGUAAGAGACCCUUUUCCCAAUUUACAGAAUGAUAUUUUCAGUCGUUCUGACCAUAUUUGUAAAGGUUCAACACCUAAAUGGAUUUUUAUGGCAAUAAUCAACAGGUUUUAAAAAAAUACAUGUUUUACUAUGCCUUGUGGACUUUGUCGCCAUCCUCAGCUAAUAUUACCGUGUUAACGAACUACACUCGUGCAUACAAUAUUUUGCUGUUGUGUGUUUUAUGAUGUGAGAAAAAAACAUUACUGUAAUCAAUAACAUAGCAAUCAAAACUAUCCACAGAUAUCUUUUGAUUCGGGUUAGCAGAGAGGUUAACUGCCUGCUGAGCAUAAACAAAAUGCUGUUGCUAUGGUUACUUGCAGCUCAGCUUACCUAGCGCACUGAUUUAGAACAGCGGUUAAGCUGCCACCCAGAACCGGGUCUGGCAUGCUUUGUAGGGACUGUGAUGGAGGCACGCUAUCUCCAAUAUUCAUCCAUAAAAACAUGCAUUCAAAUUAACAUGGUAAUGUUGAUUUGAUUUCCAACUUUUCGGGGAUUUACAUCUUGGUGCAAAGCAGUGGGACAUCAUGUCUAGGUUGCUCCUCCUCCUGCAAAUAUUCAGUCUAAUUGGCCUUAAGGAGCACAAACCGCAAACACUUCAACGCACAUUACUAUUGAACUGCAUUCAUUUGAGAGUGUUCAUUUUGGUAUUUUGCAUGCCCCUGCUCGCUGUGAUUUGAAUACUCCGGGUAUACAACUGACACUGUGCAUAAGUACAAUUCAAACAUCACUCUAACAGCACCACUUUAACCGUUAUGUUGCUGUAGCGUUUGGCCUUAACUAAUCUACCUUCUCCACUCACGCAAGUUUCAAAGUGUGUGUCAUUGCACUGGAUGUUUCUCAGAGAGAUGACCAGAAAGAAAAUGUGUAUGGAAGAAAAAGGCAACAAAAAAAUAAACAGGUGCAGAGUUUGAAAGGCCAGCACGAAGAAAAGUGGGAGGUCCUUUGCUUUUUUUUUUUCUUUUGGUUUUCCAGUGCCUUGCCUCUGUGCUCUGUGGUGAAAUACACUGCC